AGGCAGCUCAGACUCAACUGGCUCUUCAGACAGGAACACUCUGACACUACAGCGAUGGCUCCCACUGUUUUUGGACAAGCAAGCUACUCUAAGGAACAUCUCACUCCUGCUCAUAAGCUGAGAAAGCCGAUGGUUGAGAAACUGCGCAGAGACAGAAUCAACGUCUGCAUCGAGCAGCUGAAAUCCCUGCUGGGCCCAGAGUUCCUCAGGCAGCAGCCCGACUCCAAGCAGGAGAAGGCUGACAUCCUGGAGAUGGCUGUGUCUUACAUGAGAGGCUGGCAGCAGCAGAAGCAGGUCAGCUUGACCUCUGGUCCGACAACAGCCAGCGACGGCUACUCCCGCUGCGUGCAGGAGGCCGUCAGCUUCCUCUCCCACUGCGACGUCCAGACCCAGGCCCACAGACGGCUGCUCAGCCACUUCCAGGGCCUGCAGGUGUCCAGCAGGAGCAGCCGCAGUCCCUGCAGCCUCUCACCUCCCGGCUCUCCUCACCACCAAGUCAGCUCCAACAAGGGUGUGAGCCAGGCCAGCUGUGGUCUGUGGAGGCCGUGGUAGGACGGAGAAAGAAAACUACGUCUGUGAACGUCAUGGACAGAAAGUUAAAGACUCACUCAAGUCUGUUUGCUUUUUGGCAGAAGAAUCAAUAUUGUUUGAGUGUUUUAUUAGUGUAUGGAAAUGGGCUAAAUGUCCCAGUAAUCCUUUGGAAGGAUUGAAAAGAAUCAGGUUUCACUGUUUAUCUACACCAUGUGUACACAUGUUAAACUCUUUAUAAUUUAGAGUGUUGACUGUGUGGUUGUGUUCAUUGUUCCUGUGGAACAACUGAUCCUGUUUGUUUUACAAACAUCCCUGAAUGAUCUCGUUCUAAGACCCAUGUUGGGUUGAAACUAAAUGUCUGAGACAUUGUUUAUCUGAUGUGUUGAACCACUGUUUAUCUUUGAUACUGAGUAUCACUGACUGAUGCGUCUCAUCAGCUUGGUGCUGAUGAAUCAGCUACAUGACAUAAAUGGAUCCCAUGGAUCCACUUUUACUGUAAAUCUUGUGACGAUUAUACUUUAUUGUGACUAUGUGUAACCAUUAUUUGGCCUGUGUGUUAACUGCUGAAAUUGUACCAUGUAUGUUUUCUUCACCUUCACAUUUAUACCUUUUGUGAAGGUACUUUAUGUUGACAUCAAUCUUUACUGAAAGAAUCUGUUGAAUUGCUUCCUGUGGAAGUUACCUUUGAACGUUUCAAAAAAAUAAAUGGGAAACUUCACAUGAAGUUCUGCAAAUAUAAA